AUAUAUUGCAAAUGUUCAGUUUGUUUAAUCGUUGGUGCUUAUUGUGAUUAUUUAUUGCUGCUUAUUUGCCGCCAUAAAACACAAUUGUUUAUCUACGCGCAGCUGGCUUGAGCGAUAAGCGAUAAUCUGCCAGUUGUCAAUUCGCAUUGAGUGCUUGAAGAACAACGAGCUAAAAAAUAAAAAUAUGAGUGCAGCUCGCAAUUUGUUGCUACUCUCCUCGUCUCGGUUGCAUGGUCAUGGAUAUUUGGAGCACGCUCGCCACCAACUGGAUGAAUUGUUCCAGGCCAAAAAUGUGAAAACGGUGCUCUUUGUUCCGUAUGCGCUGCGUGAUCACGAUAAAUACACAGCAACAGUACGCGAUGCAUUGCAGCCCUGGGGCUAUGCCGUCGAGGGGCUGCACACUCAACCCGAUCCUGCGGAGGCGCUGCGCAAGGCUCAAGCGAUUUUCGUUGGUGGCGGAAAUACGUUUGUGCUGCUGAAGCAACUGUACGAAUUGCAGCUGGUGGAGCUAAUACGUGAGCUGGUGUUGAAGCAUGGCCUGAUCUAUGUGGGCAGCAGUGCCGGCACCAAUGUGGCCACACGCUCCAUUCACACCACCAACGAUAUGCCCGUGCAGCAGCCGCCCAGCUUUGAGGCCCUUGCGCUCGUCUCCUUCAACAUCAAUCCGCAUUAUCUCGAAACGGCUGCGGACACCCAACACAAGGGGGAGACACGCGACGAGCGUAUUGAGGAAUUUAUCGCCUAUCAUUCGCGACCGGUGCUCGGAUUGCGCGAGGGCACCAGCCUCCGAGUGCAAGGCAAUCUGGUCACACUGCUCGGCGAUCGCAAUGCCAAGCUCUUCAAGGCUGAUGGCUCAGCCGUGGAAUAUGCGCCCCAUGCGGAUCUUAGUUUCCUGCUGGAGUCAUAAGGCUCGCUGGCAUAGAAAACAUUAACACACAUUUAUUUAAAAACAUACAUACAUAUAUGUAUAUAUAUAUAUAUAUUGUAAUUGUUAUAACAAAUGAUAUAGUCGGCAUGUUCGUGAUAGAUCUUAUACGUAAAUCAUACAUAUAUGAAUAUAUAUUAUGCGCUUUUAAAUCUAUGACUACACAAUAAUAAUUAUACGAAACACAUUUGCUUGAAAGGGAUUAUUAACUAUCUACAAUCAAUAAAUUUCCAUUGCUAAUAAUAAACUAAAGCAAUGAUUACA